CUUCCUCCCUUUCACCUUUCUUGACUUUCCACUCAGCCAGGACAACUCCCACGUACUUUGUCAAGAAUCUAAAGAUUGGUAUCUGCUUUUGCACUUGGGGAACUUCCCAAGGCCACCAGGCACCCAAACAUAACUAGAAUACUACCCGAGAGGUUAGGAAAGGACUUUUCCGUGUGGCCAUUGGGUAUGAGUUCCUUCUCCCUGGGACUCCCACAUCUUCCCCAUGGUCUGGGAAAGCACCCCACAGCUUCUGAUAAAAGCUCAGUACAAGAUGAGGCAGAAGAGAGCUCUUGGCUUCACCAGACAUUCGCUGGUUGCUCCAGAGAGGCCCGAACCAGAAACUCUCACCAUGAAAGUCAUCACCACAGCCCUGAUGUGCCUGCUGCUGGCUGCGAUGUGGCCACAAGAUGUGGACAGCAAGAGCAUGCACGUGCUCUCCUCUCGCUGCUGCUUCAGAUUUCUGAAGAAAAUGCCUCCCCCAGAAGUUAAUCCAGUGUUACAGAGAGAUCAGCUCCUCCUGUUCCCACCCAGCUGUUGUAUUCAGGCUGAAGAAAGGCCAAGAGAGCUGUGCCUUGAGUACAAGUGCUUGGGUUCAAGAUUACCUGAAGAAGGUGAAACCCUGCUAGCUGAGGUGAAGAUGAGCUACACCUUCCCAUCCCAGCUCUGGAGACUGCAGCUCCCCUUCACGCAGUCCCACACCCUCCACCCGCCAUGGCUCCCCUGCCCGCUGUGGCUCCCAGAUCUCAGUCGUGUGAUAAGCUAUUUUAUGGUACUUUAUCUGUUUAAAUUAUGGAACCUUCAACUCCUACUGCCUGUGUUUAUUGAGCUCCAUGAGGAUUUCUUUCAAGGUUCAGACUUGAUUGGAAGUUGGGCUUGA